CGGUUUCAUAGGAGUUGGAAUCGGACUCGGAGUCCGCGUGCGCCCGCCUGCCUAUAAAUUCAAAGCUGCCGCUGUUGUUGCUGCAUUCAUUUCUCGCAUUCAUCUCAGUCUCUCUCAGCUACCUCCCGCGAUCCGGUAGUUCGAUUCGAUUCAUCCCUGAGCUGUAAACAAGAAGGGCAGCGAGGCGGCGGCGAUCGAUCGGAGCGCGGCCAAUGGAGUCGUCGUCCCUCCCUGAGUACGUGCAGUUCGACGGCCAUCUUCUCCCCGUGGCAUGGCUGGAGGGCGAGGUGCGCGCCGAAUUCUUGGCGUUUCUUGAUGACGCCGCGGCGGCGGCGGAGGAUGAGGCGGAGCCGUACGAGGUCGAGUUCGCCGCCGAUGACGGCAUCGUUGAUGAUGGCGGCGUCAUGGAGGAUGGGGUGGACUACGUGUACGACGACGUCGAGCUUGUGGACGCCGACUUCGAGGACGGCCUUGUGUCCGACGCCGACUUGGCGGACGACAACGACGGAGGCGCCGCCACUGCGGCGGCGGAGGAGCACGCCGCACGAGCUGCAGAGCCACCGGCGGGCAACGCCAGGAUGAGCGUGAAGCCCGUGAAGCAGUUCGGCGGGGAGUACGAAGCCAUCAACGAGAUGAUCCGCGAGUACCUGCAGGCGGACAAGAAGCGGCGGCGCGCUCGCAGGGUCGCCGCGGCGAUGUCGCGCCUCCGUCGCCAGCGGGGUCAGCCGACCGGGAUGUAGACAUGUCGUAGCCGCGCGCCGACGACGAGACGGCGGUGCACCGACAUGGCCGUAGCUAGGGCACGCAAGGAGUACCAUGCGUGUAUAUAUAUAACUUGUGUCUGUGUCGUUGAAUCAUAUUGUAUUCUUUGUGCUCGCAUGUAAUUAUAUU